UAAUCACUUGAGUGGCACACGCCAGUUCUAUGGAAGCACAUGUUGUACACUGGCUCCCCUGGGGGGAGCAGGAGGUCCCAAAACACACAGACACUCGUGUGUGUGCGCGCACACAGUUAAAUUUACAUGUCAGUUAUAAAAGCUGGGCACAGGCUGACUAGAAAAGCAGCCCCACCCCUUAACAGAAGAGUUAGCAGGUCCCACUGGCUGUGGUGACAGUGUGAGGUUUGAAUUUGUGGCUGGUUCAUUCAAGGGCAUAGACAAACAGACGUAUACACAUGUCUUCUUGUUUGGUUUCUCCAGGACUGGAUAGAUGACUCUGCAGGGGCCUUACUAGAGAUGGAUGCUUAGUUUGACUUGGCAGUAAGUAAAAUCUGUUGUUUCAUCACUUCAGUCCCAUGUCUGUGGUGGAUGCUAAUAUGUGAGAAUGAUAGGCUAGAAUUCAGAUUUAGUGGCAGACAUCCUGGCACAGUAGAAUAGAGGCAGUCAGAGACUGUUUAAAUCAGCAAUACAGGGAAUUGCUUUACUUUGUGCUUGUGCAGGUGCAAAUGUAUCAUCAUAUAUCGUCCAUUAUUUGACAAUUUCAGUAGCUAUUUAUUCUGUAUAAUAUAUUUUGAAUUAUAUCCUCUGUGAAACAGAAAAUCAAAAAUGAAACUGUGCUUGAAAACGUCCAUCUGGCUGUGUGAUUCUUUCACGAUUAAUACAUUUCAUGUAGUUUAAGAUUAUCAUUCCUUUCGUACAUAUAUAUUCACCUUAGAUAGACUAUAAUUGCAGACUUUUCAUUCUGGCAUCACAUAAACCUUCCUUCUUCCUUCUUUAUGUGUGCUACUCUGUUUGACUUGCUGUCUGUCUCCAGUGCUCCCAUUAUUGUCCUCAUCAGGAAACAUCUAUUUUGUACAUCUCCUCUCACAUAUCAUUGUUUUCUGGGCAAUGAAAAGUGACAGCUUUGAUCAGUGCACUCGCCUUCAUUCAGUUUUUUAUUCCUCAAGCAUGUUCAUCAAACAUCUCAGGAAAAAGAUACUGACUGUAUCUACAUAAAAACCACAGUGCAACCAAUAAUUAUGGAUUAGCCUCAAGUCAAAUGCAAUAUACACUAACAUGUGACUUAAGGCAAGCCAUUAGUCCCAUGCUUUUGUACUGGGGCCAUUAUAAAAUGCUUAAAGGCUGAGGACCAGGUGGUUAGUAUGGAGCCUCUAGUCACUACAGAGGGGAGUUUUCCCCUGUGGGUUACAGAUCAUGACUAGCAACAUCUGGGAUCUGGUUUCUUUAAAAGGGAGCUGGGGACAAUGAAUAGAGCAUGACUAGUAACUUUGAAUAAAUGUCCAUGUUGAUUGUAAAGGAGAAUGAGAACAAGAUCUAUCUCUCCACAUAUUGUUAGCUUCAACCAGUACUUAUUUCAAAAUUCCAGCCAAUCACAACAUUAAAAAAAAAAAUUUUUGUGUGGUCUCUCUAUACAAUGUUUAAAUACAGCAAGCAAAUACAAAGUGGUUGCAUUGUGUCAAUCAGAUGGCAGCACACAAUCAUGAAGCAGGCAGUAAGCUGUCUAAUUUUAAAGGAAGGAAUCCCAAAGGGUUAUUUGUCAAACUCAGCAGUUAAGCCAUAAAUGUGGACACACAAAGCAAAGGCAGAGUGCCAAGACGGACGGUUUUCGCUUGUUUGUUUUGCAAGUGUGAGCACACCUGCUUCAACACUGCAUGCCUGGAUUGUAGCCUUUAGGAAUCAAUAAAAUAAUGAGACACUAAAAAAAGUGAUAAACAUCAGAAGAAACUGUGACAUGGCUUUGUGUGUUCGUGGAAAAAUCCCCUGUGUAAGGAUCAACAGCUAUCUUUUUUAUAAUAAUGUAUAUUAAUCCCUUCAUUGUCUUGCAGAUGAAGCCACUGACUGUACUUCUCUGUUGUCAUGAGUUAUGACUUCUCACUUCUGUGUGACUUGACCAGCUGGACUUCUGCCCCAUCCUCCCCUCACCUGCGCUUGCAGGACCAUGGGUAGUGUCAGUAGCCUCAUCAAUGGCAACAGCCUCAGUAACAAGCACUGCAGGGCAUCUGAGUGUAGGUUAAAAAAAGGCACAAAUCACAAUAGAAAGAGUGGAGGUUGCAGCCUUGAUGAGUUACUGAAGUGCGGCUUCACUCAGGGUUCCUUGUCUACCACUCACCCCUCUAGAGGUCUCAUCCACUCUGGACGAAGUGAAGAUUUUUUUUACAUUAAGGUGAGCCAUAAACCAAGGCCAGUGUACCACACGGGGGGGUUGAUGGAGGACCGAGGAAACAGAGAUGGAGAAUCAGAUGGGCAACUGCAACCAAAACUGUCAGAGAACAUGACUGAAAGGACCUCUGUCGAGAAGUCAUUGGUCCGUUCCACUGCCUUCAAUCCCAUGAUUCCAGGGAGAAUGCCUUCCACAGAGACAGGCCACAACAGCCUGAACCACAUCCUUUGUCCUCUGGAGAAAGCAAGGAGCUCAGACAUUAGACGCAAGCAAGACACCUUCUCAGGAACUCUCUCUGAUUCUGGACAAAACUCUAUGUCAAGCCUGCCCACCCAUAGCACCAGUGGCAGCCUGAGUGCUCACAUAGGCCCUGUCAGUCACAAUAAUGGCAGCUCAGCUCCUGUGAACAGCCCCAGCAGGAAAGAACAACCCAAUUUGCCUCCAUGGGUCAGUGGGAACAGUUCAAACCUUGACUGUAGCUACAGGCCUGCUUUAAAUGGUGCUGGGGUGGCACCUAAGGCUAAAUGGGAUGCUGGCACCCCACUUUCUGCAGAUGAGCCGAGCCCGCUCUCUGAAACUGCAGGUGGGAUUCGGUCUCCCAUUACUACAGAUGAGUCCCUGAUUGAACAUUUGGAACAAAGACUGCUGGAGAGAGAGAGUGAACUGCAGGAGCUACAGGUGAGUUUUGAGGAAAAGGAAGCAGACACCUGCCAGCUGUUUGUUGACAGACAAAGGUACUGCGCUGAGGAAAUGGAGGGGCUGAAGCAGCGAUGCUCCACAAAACUACGACAAGUAUCCCAAAUGGCUGCAAAAAACCAGCAAGCACUCCAACUCCAGGUCAGCCAGCUCCAGGCAGAGAAGCAGAAGCUUCAGGAAGGUGUCUUCAAGCUAACUCAAGAAAAGGAUCUUGUUGCGCUCAGACUGAGGUCUUAUGAAAAGGAGAGCACACAGUUGGUUCCGACACUUGAAGAAACUCAGUGGGAGGUGUGCCAGAAGACAGGAGAGAUCUCAUUGUUGAAGCAGCAACUGAGAGACUGCCAAGCAGAUGUCAGCCUCAAGCUAAACGAGAUAGUCAGCCUCAGGGCAUCGCUGAAGGAAAGCACAGCUAAAAUGGAGAUGCUUGAAAAACAGAAUAAAGACCAUGAGGACAAACUCCACGCUCGCACCAGAGAGGCUGAGGUGUGCCAAAAUGAACUCCAGCGCAAGAAGAAUGAGGCUGAUUUAUUGAGAGAGAAAGUGGGCAAGCUGGAGAAAGACAUUCAGGGAAUGAAACAGGAUCUGGCCACAGCUAAAGAGCAGAGGCUGCAUCACAGUUUGCAUCCUAAGGCUCAUGCUCAAACCCAGCUCUUGGAAAAACAAAUUCAGGGCUCCGAUACCCCUGCCCAGGGCCAAGGGAAGGAGAACAGGGAACACAUCUCCACAGAAUCACUCCAGAGAGAAGUGGAGAUGCUGAAACAACAGCUCAGGGAGGAGAAGGAUGCUCAGGAGAGGCUGGCCAACAGCUUUGAGCAAGAGAGGCAGACGUGGAACAAGGAGAAAAAAAGGGUCAUCAAGUACCAGAAGCAGCUCCAGAUCAAUUACUUGCAGGUGCACAAGAAGAACCAGGACCUGGAGAGGAUCCUAAAGGAACUGACCACUGAACUGGAGAGCCGGACAGAGCUAGGCAUGGACAUCGCCUACUGCUCAGGGUUACAAACAUAUGACAAUGUUAUUGCCACAGAGAUUUGAUGGGAGCAUUUACACACAUGCUUUCAGUAAAAUUGACAUUAUCAUUUGACUGUUUCACCACAGAUACAUAUGGAUUUCAGCGUUGCACGCAGCAUCAUGGCAACUUGAGCUCAUGCACUGCUAAUUAAUGUUUCACAAUGGUGAUUUAAUAGAAUGUGCAUAAUCUAGCAUAUUUUGUGUCCAGGCCACAGUUAUUACUUGUUUACAAUAAGUUAUUUAAUG